AUGGGUUUGGGCGCUUACAGCUACUUCUCGGGACACUCGCAGCUGAAAGCACAGCAAGCCAAGAUUCUCGCAAGCAAGAGCAUGUUUGGAAUGAAGAGUCGACAAGCAGGAAUCACGACGAUCGCUCUUACGCUUGGAGCCAUGGGAUUUUGGCGACUGGUGAUAUAUCAUGGACGCGAUCGUAUGGCGCAGAGUAGGGCGAUCGGGGAUGUGAGAGCCGUUCCAGAAAUCAGUCCAAUUUUGGCCGAGGUUAUGAUUUCUUUGGCUUAUCAUCUUGAGAAGCCUGAUCUCCUACUCGGACAUGUCUCUUCAGGAAGCUUGGAUAAGAAUGGCAAGACAUCUGGCAGAGGGGAAUAUUUGUCUUUGAGCAGGCAGGAGACACCAGACCCGACGGGCGGGGGGGCGGGACGGAACACCCGGGGGGUGGGCAAAGGGGUGAGAGCAGUCGGAUUGAAGUGGACACUUAUAUUGCGUGAUGUAAAGCAACAGAAGACGUAUACUACCACGGCGAGGGACCUAGUGAACGGCUCAUCUUGGUGGCACUUGAGAGUUGCCCGAAUUCUCGAUUCCAGACUCUUAUGUCCGAAAAAGCAGAGUAGCCUCGUUCAAGUGCCAAGCUCUUCAGCCUCACCAAGGAUUUCCUUGUUCGUGCAUCAGCCUUGCAAAGCUUCCACAUCCUUUUCAAGCACCGAGACAACCAUGGCCAUCACCAUACUCGCUCCCGCGCCGGCAGUGCCUUAUCAGUAUGCGGGAGAGCCCGAAGACGAAUCUAAUCAAGAUGGCGGUGUUGGUUUGGAGGGAGAUCUUGACAUGCGGCCUGCAAAGCGAGCCCGACACAGCUCUGCAAAGGAUCUCGUAACCCCAGGACAGACGGUGACCGACGAUCCGCAAUGGAUGAGGGGUCACGGCACAUACGUCGCAUCUUCCAGCACCGAGAUCAUUGCGACCGUCGCCGGCACGAUCCAGAAGACCAACAAGCUCCUCUCAGUACGACCCCUGCGUGCACGCUACACGCCCGAGAUUGGAGACCUGGUUGUUGGUCGGAUUGUGGAAGUCCAGGCUAAGCGCUGGCGUGUCGACGUCGGGGCGCCAGUUCUCGCAGGACUGCCGCUCUCUGCUAUCAACCUUCCCGGAGGAAUCCUGCGGAAGAGAACAGAUACCGACGAGUUACAGAUUCGAACAUUCUUUUCGGAGGGAGAUUUAUUGAUUGCCGAGGUGCAAAGCUUGCAUCAAGAUGGGAGUGCGUCACUACACACCAGAAGUUUGAAGUAUGGGAAGCUCAGGAACGGGGUGUUUAUGAGUGUCAGUGGCGUCGGAGGAGGUGGAGGUGUUGUCAGAUCUAGGAGGCAGGUCUGGACUAUCGACACAGUCUCCGGCGGAGGACAAGUCGAUAUCGUUCUUGGGGUCAAUGGUUACAUUUGGAUCAGCAAACAUGUGGAGGUUGCAGGUGGUGAUACCGCUAUUACGAGGAUGGAGGAGAAUAUCAGCAGUACGGUAUACUCGAGCCAGAAUGACGAGAUUGGGCCCGAUACGAGAAGAGAGAUCUCACGAAUCCGCGGGGUUAUCAACUUGCUAGUGGAAGAGGGUAUCAGGAUUGAUGAGGACAUGGUCACGAAGGGCUACGAAGCUGCGGUCCUGGUGGAAAAUAGGGAUGGGGAGAACAGUGGAUACCUCGGAGGGGAGACGGGCAAGAAGGUUUUGCUGAUGCUGAGCGAUCCUUAG